UUCCCCAAUUUUCCGGGAUCAUAUACACAACAUGAAUAACCUUGUUUUUUGUAUGGAGUACAUUAGAUAUUUAAAUAUCAAAAGCUCACAUCACAUGAUGUUUAAUUCAACAGUUACUUGAUGAUGGAGGAGGAGCAGAAGAUCGAAUGGUCCGAAUCACAAAAGAUCAAGCUGAGUGUAGACCUUGCAACUUCAGCAAGGCAGCUACUGAAAUUUCUUGAAGAGAUUGACAGAAAUCGCGGUCUAUAUGAUGGUCCUGCCUUGGACCGUGCCAUUUAUAGGUACAAAGAUUGUUGGCUACCUCUGCUAGCCAAACAAGCUGAGUUUGCAGUCCUAGAAUGCCCUUUGGUUGUACCACUUGACUGUGAAUGGAUCCAGCAUGUUCAUUGCCUUAAUCCGACGCGUUAUAAAACAGAUUGUGAGGAACUAUAUGGGAGAAUUCUUGAUAAAUUCAACGUUGUGUCAACCAUCCAAAAGACUUGCUCUAACCAAACCAAAGAAAUUUGGACAAAAAUGUUUCCUGAUGAACCGUUUGAGCUUGAUUUAAGCAAUCCCUUGAAGGAAAGUAGUGGCAUUAGCUACGUUGAUUCCCAAAAGACCACAGACUAUGAUCUUGUAUCUGCUGUUAAUAGGCAGAUCACUUUAUUUUACCAGGUAUUUAGGCCAUUUAUGAGCAAUGAAUUUCUAAGGGAAGCAAUAGCCAGAUACAAGGGUUUUCUUCAUUUGAUCAAGAAGAACAAGGAGAAAUUUUUAAGGCGCUUUUGUGUUCCAACGUAUGAUAUUGACCUCAUAUGGCAUGCUCACCAACUGCACCCAUCUUUUUACUGCAAAGACACAGCUGCAAUUUGUGGUGACGUACUUGAGCACGAUGAUACAGACUCUGAUAGAACAGAAGGUAUGAAACUCAAUGUUGGGUUUAUGGAGACAACAAAUCAGCGGGAAGAAGUCUAUGGCCUCAGGUACUGGAAGGCAGGAGCAAUGUACAGAGGCAAUGCACCUUCACCUCUUACCGUCGAUCCUCAGCCCCUACAGGAAGCUUACAUAGAUGUAAUUUUUACAAAAUAUGAUUCAACUUCCAAAGAAAAUGCUAAUUGAGGUUCUACUGGAGAUAGCGGGAGUAAGAGGUUUACCUCAAGGGCAUGAAGAUGAAUUCUCCAUUUUCAUCAGCCAGAAAUACCAAGGCAAUCUUCGCAAUGCAAACAAGAAAAUGCUGAGCAUUUCUUCUUCAGGAUCUGCAAAGAAACAGGUGGUUAGUUUUCAAUCUGAACCAACUGUGCCGCUACUUGUUGAGCUGAUGGCUAGUUCAAGCACUACAAAAGGCAGAAAUUCAGAAAAAUUUAUUGGCAGUACAACAAUCUCCUUAGUAGAUGCUGUAAAUGCCGGACAAGAGCUAUCAGUUGACAGAUGGUUUGAGUUGUUCCCACCCUCGGAAUCUAGAGACAUAGCCUAUAAGUCUACGAAUAUCUCUUUCGUUCACUCCACCUGUUAGUGCUCCAUAUGUGCUCUAUAUCGUCCCUUCAAAUUUCGCCUUUUUCCCAAGCCAUACUUGUGUUCUAGAUGAGGCAGGAUAUCCAGUUAUUGGAAUCUAUAUGAGGUGAUCAGGGCAUAAUUUGAAGCCAAUGUUUUAUCUAAUUAAGGGAAUCAAUAUGAAGUGUGGAGAAUAUUUGAUAUGACAGAUAUAAUUACCAUAACAUAAUGAUAAUGACAUAGUGUUGUGUGUAUUAUAAGUCUAUUUUAUAUAUAUUUUUAUUCCCCGUCCCAUGGUCAUAUUUAUGCUUAUUUGAACUUUACGGAGCUAUUUUUAUUACUAAUAUAUGUUUUUUAGUGUUUUUUUGUAGAGUUGGUAUUAUUUUGUAGGAAUUUGCAGAAUUAUGACAAUUACCGAGCUAUUUAAACCACUACGAAGCAUUAGAGUCGGAUCAUAUUUCAUGACCGUAUAUUUAAAGCCCAAAACCGAGUUAAAGGAUUUUAAUUCGGUGAUUAAGGGCUCGAUUGAUGAAGAAGUCCAACUUUUACAAAUUAGUAUCACGGACCAAGUAAUAAUCAGGUCAAGUCCAAAAGAAGAGAUUGGGCUCAGGGUUUGAAUUAGCCCACUUGCAAGUUAAAAGAUCCAAUCUCGUGGAGCUGCUGGGCGAGAAGUAACGGGCCCAAUCGAGCAGGCCGAUUCCUGAUCUGGGCGCAAGACUUUUCGUAUUUGGGCUUCUAAUUGAUUAGUUUCCUUGUUUUAGUGGAAUUUGGGGAUUUGGACUUUUCUUAUAAAUAGGGUGUAGUAGUACCGUAGGUAGGGGGGGAGGUUAGACUUUUAGGAAUUAGUUUUAUUUUUAUUUCUUUGAUUUUAGUUUGUUAGUUUGACGGAACUUUUUCCUUAGUUUAGUUUUCAUUCUUUUUUUAUUA